GGCACGCCAUCUUGAUGAAGAGAUACAGUGGAGAAAAGCACAAGACUGGCUAUACUCUACAGGAAAGCUAUCUCAACCAUGCAGGGAACUCUUAGACUUUGCCAUGAGUCUGGUGGAUGGUAUUAUGUUAUGUGAAGUGGCCAAUUUUCUACAUCCUGGGGCCAUCAAAUCGUUUAACUACAGACCAUCAAUCCAAUUUAUGUGUGUCAAAAACAUCGACAACUUUUUAAAUGCAUGCAUCAAAUUCUUUGGAUUCCAGACCCACGAGCUUUUUACUGCAACAGAGCUCCUUGAGGUUGAAAACUUUGGAAAGGUCGUUGAAGUUCUCUCUAAGUUAUCCCUUACCAACCAAGCGAAGACGGCAGGUUUGCAACCCUUCAAUUGCUACUUCGACGACCAGGAGCUUUAUCACACUCUUCAAAGAGAUGCGGAAUCUAGGAGUGAGGAUAUCUAUAGUAGGAUUGAGGAUAUCUUUCAGUUUGAUCGCACUGUCGACUAUUCUUACCAAGAAACCUCGUAUCAGCAAGAAAGCAUCUACGAGGACAUUGUUAAGAUUAAACAGUAUCGGAUGGACAAGCCUAAUGAUAAACGAGGCUAUAUGAUCGAUGAGCUAUUUGAAACAGAGAAAAACUAUGUCCAGGUUUUAGAAAUCGUCAUAACUCAUUUUUUAGAAAAACUCAAAAUCAUUUUGACUAACGAAGACAUUAAAGUCAUUUUUCAAAAUAUCGAGGAGUUGAAAAGGAUUCACGAAAAACUCUUACAGAGACUUAAAUUAAGUUUAGACAAUGGGGGUCUUACGAUUGGGGACUGUUUUAUAAAAACGAUUGAGCAGUUCUACAAAUAUGGGAAUUAUUGUGCAUGUCUUGACGCUGCAGCUCAGAAAAUUGACGAACUUAUGUCAGACUCAAAAAUAGCAAAUGUGGUAAAUCGCUGUUCUCAGGAAUCUCAGCAAAGGUUUUCUCUGAAAGACUUGCUUAAAGUUCCAGCUCAGAGGAUUUUGAAAUAUCACAUGCUUUUAGAAAACCUUCAUAAAACAACCCCUGACAAUCCGGGACUUCAAGAGGGAUUUAGAAUCAUGAAGGCAUUGGCUUCGUUCAUUAACGAGUAUAAGAGGAACUUUGAGCAAAAGUUGGCCACAAAAUCUAUAGAGGAGCGAAUUUUAAACAGAGAUCUUGAAGACUUGUAUGCAUAUGGAAAACUUUUAAAGGAUGGCGAAGUUAUGCUGAAAAGUUCUAACAAACCGAUAAAACGAUUCGCAUUUCUUUUUGAGAGGUGUGUCUUAAUAUGCAAAAAAUCGGAACAUUCCAAUUUAGAAAUACAAGUUUCUCUAGACUUUGAUACUUAUGAAAUCGCUGAACAAUUUGAUCCUCCUGGUGGCGGUAAAUUUAGCUUUGGUUGGUCGAUGAAAAACAAAGUGGACAUUCUUCAACCUCCUUAUCAGAUAUUUGUCAAAACGGCAGAGCAGUGUGCUGUUUGGUUAGCAAAGCUUCACGAAGGAUACCACAUGUUACGUUCCCCCUCACACCUUCAGUGGGAACACAAGUUUUGCUUGUACAACUUUUCCACCUACACAACAUGUGAGGGAUGUCAGGAGAUCCUAAGUGGAGUCUUUCUCCAGGGCCUACUCUGUCAGUCCUGCAACAUAGCGUGUCACCGACACUGCAAAGCCAUGAUCAGUGACUGCAAGAAGUCACGUAUGAUGAGCCGAGGUUCUAGUUACAGCAACAAGGACCUACCCUCGUUACCCUCCACCGCCUCCCUGGGUAGCAUCUCCGGCUACAAUAUCCCGGACCUGAACUCUGACAUGAACGCUAUCCAUGUUGACGGAGCACCUCCUACUCCUAGCACUGUUUCUCCUCCUCCUAUCCCUCCCCGAGUGCCUAGUCUCAAGAUUGAUUUGGAGAGAUCAGAUUCCGGCUCGAACUCAGAGACAGAAAUUUUUUAUGAAAAUAUGACAUCUGGAGGAUCUUCAAGUUCAAGUUCAGAGCCAGCUAAAAACUUUUAUUCCACGGAUCCGCUGGAAUGCAACAAAAUUUUGGUGGACAGCAGACGUUCCAUUCCGACUACCCCGACCUUCAAUUCCCGCUCCCCCUCAUUCGACCGAGGUUCUGCUGCUUCACCCCAACACUUCACUAUUCAGGGGGACCUGUAUGUAUGUACUAAGGAUUACAAUGGUGGCAACAUAUCUGACGUGUUUGAACCCACUAUAGUGCUCAACAGGGGAGAAUUUGUCGAGGUAAUGAAGAAAGAUCACCCAAUGUAUUGGAAAGGGAAGAGCCAAGCCUCAGGGCAGACGGGAUACUUCCCUUCUGAGAACGUGAAGAUGUACUCUCAGACUCGAGCAGACUCUAUCGGGUCUGCCAUCAUGCCCAGUCCUACACUGAGGCAGCAGUGUAACGGACAGAUGCUGUACAAUUUCCCUUGGUAUGUGGGAGAGAUGGACCGCAACGGUGGAAGGAUGAUGCUGGAACCAGCCACAGUUCCUGACGGCUGCUACCUGGUCAGGGAAUCCAAGAACAGAGUCGGCCAGUACUCCAUCGACGUUAAAUUCAACUUUCUUGUGAAGCAUAUAAAAGUGGUGUACUCUGAUGGCACCUUUUGUCUGGCCCCCUCCAAGACCUUUAGCUCGAUAGUGGAGUUGGUUACCCACUACCAGCACAGCACCCUGGGUCAAGUCUUCAGGGAUCUUCAGACUAAACUCUUGGUGCCUUACCGAUGUUUACCUGGAUCAUGAUGAUACUUGUGUGAGAGGAACUUAGACGUUCUCUGUUACAUGUCUGUCAGAUCGUGCUAGUGAUCAGACUGCAAUUGGUGGAAGUGCUACUUCUGAAAUGGAGGUGCUACUUCUGAAAUGGAGGUGCUACUUAUGAAAUGGAAGUGCUACUUCUGAAAUGGAAGUGCUUCUUCUGAAAUGGAAGUGCUACUUCUGAAAUGGAAGUGCUACUUCUGAAAUGGAAGUGCUACUUCUGAAAUGGAAGUGCUACUUCUGAAAUGGAA